AUAAGUUAAAUUUUGAUUGGCAGCAGCACUAUCUGCGGCACACCGUAGAAUUUUUUAUUUUUGGAAAUAGAGUAAGACCAAAAUGAACUGCUUGAAAGGAAUGAGAAAUUGCACCGUUUUCCCAUACCGGUAUCUUUUUGUCGUGUUGGCAUUCUUCGGCUCAUUCCAUCUGUAUGCUUUAAGCGUCAACCUUAGUGUCGCCAUCGUGGCCAUGGUCAACCACACCAGUAUAGACCGAGCAGAACGCGCGAGCGCCACCCAGCAUCUGAACGGAACAGUUUGUCCUGCUACUACAGAAAUUCUGCGUGAGAAAACAAUGCCGAAUGGAAAUUUUAACUGGGAUGGCCCGGUUCAAGGAAUGGUUUUGGGGUCAUUCUUCUACGGAUAUGUGUUUACAUGUUGCCUGGGAGGAUGGCUAGGACAUCGUUUUGGUGGAAAGUAUAUUUUUGGACCAAGUGUGUUGAUUGGUGCCGUUUUGACGCUGUUGGCCCCCUUAGCAGCCCGAACACACUAUGGAGCGCUGAUCGCUACACGUGCGAUUCAAGGAGUUGUCAAUGGAGUGUGCUACCCUGCCUUACAAUCUAUGGCAAGCAAAUGGACGCCCUCCAAUGAAAGAACGAAGAUUGUGGGUUUCCUUACUGCCGGACAACCUUUUGGCAUGGUGGUGACGCUAGCCCUAUCUGGAUAUUUAGCAAGCAACUGGGGAUGGGCCAGCAUAUUUUAUCUUUUUGGCAGUACGGGGUGCAUAUGGUUUGCCCUUUGGGUGCUCCUGGUCUACGAAUGCCCUUCCACUCAUCCACAUAUUUCCAAAGAGGAGCUGCAGCUGUUUCUCGACGUCACCAAGCCAUCACCGGAUGAAAAGAAUGCAAGAUUUCCGUGGCGAAAAGCACUGACGUCUCGUCCGUUCAUCGCAGUGAUGUUAUGUCAUUUUGUCUUCUCUUGGACCUUCUUUACACUGAUGACCAAUUUACCGACGUAUCUGAACAAUGUACUGCAUUUUGAUAUGGAAUCCAACGGUCUCUUAUCCGCCUCGCCGUAUUUAUCCUCCAUCGUCUUGACGCAGAUCGCAUCCUUUAUAUCAGACUGGGUGCAACAAAAAGGUUACGCAUCAACGACUGUGGUGCGAAAGGUCAGCCACGUAACUGGAUUAGUUAUUCCAUCAGUUUGUCUGGUGGGUGUGGGGUUUACCUGCAACACGUAUCUCGCAAUGAUUUUACUCAACGUGGGAGUCGGUCUGGGCGGUGCCUCGUUCGUGGCGAUUGGUGCAAACUUUAUCGACCUUUCACCUCAGUAUUCAGGAAUUCUGAGAGGGAUUUCGCAGACACCGGCGAUGCUGACGGGUUUCAUUACGCCUUACGUUGUGGGGGUGGUUACCGGUGGCCCAAACGGACAGAUUAUGGAAAAUUGGCGGAUAGUGUUUUAUAUCAGCGCCGCUAUGGGAAUUUUCGGAGCAAUAAUGUACUGCCUUUUUGGAUCGGGAGAAGAGCAGAACUGGGAAGAAAAACGCCGUGCUCGCACCAGAGGACAAGAACAUCGCGAUGUUAACGAUCGUUAA